GAUUGAGUGAGGGAUGGUAGCGGUGCACACGCAUAACAAUAAAGAAAGAAAAGUCGACAUUUAUAUUAUAUUCUUUUAUUACAUUCAGUUUGAAGGCACUAGACGGAAACAAUCCCAUAUGUGUAUGUUGUCCAAUUAGACUGUACAAUGAGCGGAGCUGGUCCUCCCUCCUUCCCCAUUGCACAAGCAGUCACACCUCCCUUCGUCACUCUGGAAGAUGGCUGCGGUGGAACGGACCCCGGUUAGGGAAGGGAUCCGGAUAGUUUCUCUCUGUGUGUGCUGGUACACAGUCAGCUCUGGGGGAAACAUCGUAAACAAAAUCAUCCUGAACGGGUUUCCGUACCCAGUCACCGUCUCCUUGUUUCACAUUUUCUCCAUCGUCGUCUUCCUACCGCCGCUCUUGCGGGCAUGGGGAGUCCCCAAAACAGAAGUGCCGAACAGGUACUACCGCUGGUACAUUCUGCCCCUGGCUUUCGGGAAAUACUUCGCAUCAGUGUCGGCUCAUUUCAGCAUAUGGAAGGUGCCGGUGUCUUACGCACAUACAAUCAAAGCCACAAUGCCUAUAUGGGUUGUGCUGUUAUCAAGAAUUAUCAUGAGAGAAAAGCAAACCACAAAGGUGUACAUAUCACUCAUCCCCAUCAUAGGCGGAGUGCUGUUGGCCACAGUGACUGAACUGUCCUUUGACGUCUUGGGAUUAAUCAGCGCCCUGGCAGCUACGCUCUGCUUCUCUCUGCAGAACAUCUUCUCCAAGAAGGUGUUGCGUGACACACACGUUCAUCAUCUGAGGCUCCUCAACAUGCUGGGCUUUAAUGCCGUCAUCUUCAUGCUGCCUACCUGGAUUCUUGUGGAUCUCUCUGUGUUUCUUGUGAAUGGAGACCUGUCAGAAGUCUCUGGUUGGAUGGGAACCUUGGUCCUGCUGCUCAUCAGUGGUUUCUGCAACUUUGCUCAGAACGUUAUCGCCUUCAGUGUUCUCAACCUCGUCAGUCCACUCAGCUAUGCUGUUGCCAACGCCACCAAGAGGAUCAUGGUCAUCAGCAUCUCCCUGCUGAUGCUGCGCAACCCUGUCACCCUCACCAACGUCAUGGGUAUGAUGACGGCCAUAGUCGGUGUUUUCCUGUACAACAAGGCCAAAUACGAUGCAAACAAGCAGAAGAAGCUGCUGCCGAGCUCCAAGCAGGACAUGCAGUCCUUUGACAACCCGACUCUGGAGAAGAUCCAGGCUAACGGCUCAGUGCCUUUUUCCCACGGCCACCACGAUCAUCAUCAUCAUCAUCAUCACCAUCAGCAGCAGCAGCAGCAACCACACAGCUGGAACAACAUCCUUACCGAUCACUUUCAGUACAGCCGACAGGCCUACACGUCAAAUGUCAACAGCAACCACCAGUACGUGGUGUAGUGGAGGGUUCUGCUCAUGGACAUUACUGUGUGUAGCCGUCCGUUUUCCUCCGCCCAGCUUCACACUUAAGACUCGAGGCAAGUGCUGUUUGUUCUGAUAAGAAGAAUUGAUUUAUGACGGGCUGGUGACGUAACCAUCCCACUACCCUCGCCCCUGUUUAAUCAUCGCUCUGGAAUUGUACCAUCGUCUAAUCAUUACUUUGGAACCAACUGUAUGGAAAAGAGUUAUCGCUGGUUUUAUCAGGCACCUUAAAUGAGGAUGAAUAAUGAGUAAUGUACAUGUCACUGUUUCACUUCAGUCUUUUGUUUGUUCGUGACGACUGCUGUUGUUACAGUUUUUACUGUGAACAAGAACCAAAACAAAGGUCUGCGUUGGUACUGUUCUGUUCAUGAGGCAUUUCUCUGCACCUGUGGAGGAAGAAAGGCACUGUUCAGAUUCUGUAUUAACAUACUGUGAGUAACACAGUAUGUUAAUGACACAAAGGUAAAUUAACACGUGGCACUAAACGCAUCCUGGAGGUGUUUGCCAUCAUGGAUUUCACCCACCCUGUAGUCAAAUACAGUCUUACGUCAUGUCCGUCUGUCAGAACUUAACAUUUUAAACAUCAGACAGUUUUACUAAGGUUUAGUUUCAGGUCAGUCCAUCAAAGCCAUGACGUUAAUUUUGCCAGUUCUUACUGUAUUUAGAGAAAACAUGGGCAACAGAGCAUUUCAAAUUUCCAGUAAGUUACAGUUAACAUCUUACAUUGAUGACAUCACUGACAGCUUGCUGUAGUCCAAUUAUUAUGUCAGUCUGGCAAGACACACACAGUGUCAGUGUAUAAAUGAGGCUCUAUGGUGGUAAAAGUUUAAGAUUUGGUGAGCUGGUGGGUUUUACAGACUAAAGAAAAGUGACCAUGUGGCAGCCAGUGUUGACUUUCUUGGGGGUUGAUGAAGUUGUUCACAUGCGGCCAGAUCUCUGGGUUAACUCUUCACAUACUUUUUUUAAAGGAUGACACAAUUCAAAUUUAGGAAUUGAGUGAUUGUACCCAGCAGUCACCGGGCAAAUUCUAAAGAUCACUUGUUUGGAUAAACCUGAUAGUAAAUAAUAGAUCAGACUCUGCUGUUUGCAGAGCCAGUUGUCAGUGUUCUGCUCAGAGAAUGGUUUCUACUGAUUCUCCGACUUUUUUUGUAAUAUGUUCUUUGUGAUUAAAAUCUGAUAAACUCAUACCAGAUUGUUUCCAAGUUUGUUUAUCACACCAGGGAUGAAGCAGAAAAUCUACAAGGGCUUCACAAGGUGACGUAAAAUGCUAGAGAGGGAAGUGUUUUAAAGGAAUCACAGUAAACUCUGUAAAUCAGCAGUUCACUGACAUUGUUGGAAAAUGUGCCUUUCUGAAAAGAAUGACAAAACACACACACACACUGCUCAUUUUUCUACAUUCGUUAAAGGAAACAUUCUUGGUAUUGUCAAUAAAACAUCAAGUUUUUCUCUUCAUGUAACAGGGACUCAGAGAAUCUGUCAUCUUACUUGGUUAAAUGCCCCCCACUGUUCUGAAGUGGAAAAAGAAAACGUUUUAAUGCAUAGAUUUGUUUAAAAUAUUAUUAUGUCAUAUUUAUUUUUUGUGAAGCUUCAUCAGAUGUCUUUGUCUUUAGUCGGUUGACUCUUCAGCCUGAACCAAAGCAGCUGUGACACAUUUUUGUUUUACAGAGUCAGAGUCAGCGUCAUCACAUCAGGAAACUAAAUAUAAAUAUUUUAGGUCCCAAUAUUUGUUAAGUGACUUGACUGUCUUGUUGUUUCACUUUUUUUUAUUAUUUCAAUUUCACAGUGAUUGGAGAAAACUUUAAAAUGUAACAUGCAUGUUCUCAGAGAUUGGGUUUUGUUUUGUUUGUCAUUAAGUGGUUGGUAUUUUUUUGGUUAUCACUUGUUUGACAUGAUCCUCUAUUUUAAGGAAAUGUCUGUGGCUUGUUUUCAUUGUUGCAUGGUUGUCUUUGUUAUCUGUUAAUGGACUGAAAUAACUGCAGCAAUAAUAAGAUUCAUUUUCAUUUAUAUAUAUAUAUAUUUUUCUGUCAGUGAUAUUCAUAACAUUGAUUUUUGUCACUUCUGUUUCUGAAUAAGUUUUUGCAUCACAUAUUUUGGGUGAGUUUGUUUACCUUUUGUUUUUGUUUUUUUAUAACUGUCACGUUGUUUAGACUUGGUCUAAUCUUCACAAUGAUCUGAGAUUAGUGCAGCCGAGGUUUUCUGGGUGAGAGUUUUAUGCAUUAAUGAAAAAAAAAUACAAAAAUGGUUCAAAGGGGUUUUUGAAAAUAAAAACACUACAAAAACUUUGAUCUUUCUGAAAGGAAGAGAAGUCAGUCGAUAAUCAUAUUUCAGCCAAAGGGUGAUACGUCUGAUUUGUGAGUUUUGUCGAUGUGAUGAAUGACUACCUUGAGGCAUUGGACCUGGCCAGUAAUGAGGAUGGUGCAACGCAGGUUUUACUGUAACUGUAGAUACAUCUUUUAAAUCAGGUGUUUUGUGACAUAUUACAACAAGGCUGAGAUUAUGAACAGCUGUGGAUCAACUCAGCAAAUAGUCAACUAGGCUCUCCAGCUAUAAAGUCAGUGACAAGGUUCAUAGGGCAGUAAACUCUACAGUCAAACUGAAACUUUAAUUUCCUGAUGCAGGAAUGUCAUACUCCACUGUUAGCUGCACCUCAGAGUUUACACUAGUAUUCUAAAAAUGUCAAAGUCUAGACUGUUGGAGGUACAAAAAAAUACUCAACCAAUUGAGUGUAUCUGUGGUACGUGAAGAGAAAUGGAUAAGUCAACUGAAACCUUGAGCCUGUUGUCACUGCAGCUUAGAGUCUCUUAUAUCUCUGUUAUGUUUCCUCUUUUUUUCUCCUGCGUCUAGAAACUUGCUGAAGUGCAACAAUUUUGAUGCUGAUGCAUUAAAAAAAAAGGUAAAGACCUUUAGAGGUCGACGAGAUGUCAAAUUUAUAAAUUUCAACACCUAUGACGUGUUGUGAUUUCUAAAUGUCCUUUUCUUGUUCCUGUGUCUGACCUGCUGUAUAGUGGAGCUAAAUGUAAAUGUCCACAGGGCAGGAAGAGGAGUACAAUAUUAUGUAAAACUUGUACAAAAAUGUUAUUUUUCUGUGUCUAAUCUGAACUGGAGGCUUCAAUGAGUUUUGAUUUCAUCAACAUUUAUAGAUUUUUUUUUUUAAUUUAUGGUGUUGAAGUAUGGAAUGUACAGACGUGCAGCUCAGCGCAGUCUUGUUUGCUUAUGUUUUAGUAAAUGCUAUUUUUAAAUGUUAAGGGAGGGAGGGUAAUAAAUGCAUAUUGGAAUACC